AUGAGUGGAAAGGACUUUGCAAACCACCACCAACACCAUCCACGCCUCGCAGAAGCUCCAAUCAAGUAUGUCGACCCUCCAAGAUAUGUACAUCACAGCGUAUCUUCGGCAUCUAUGUCCCACCAUUUUCCUGCUCCUGCUCCACAUCUACAUCACGUAAAAUCAAACGACAAUUACAGGCAACCACCAAACCAACAACCACUCCAUGUCGCAAUACAACCACUACACUAUCAGAUCAAUCCGAAUACUCAAUUGCCAACGCCAAUUGCUUCGCCCAUAAACAGUGUCACAAAGUAUGGUGGUGGUUCUGCUGCAGUGCCCGACUCACGAGGUACUGAACUUGAUCAACUACAUCCGGCCUUCUUGAACAAGUAUCAAGUAUAUGGAAACGAGCUGGGAUCUGGUGCUACUUCCUUUGUACGAAGUGCAAGAACGAUCUCGGGUGAAGACGUCGCUGUCAAGUUUAUUUAUAAGGAGCUCGCUGGGCUGAAUGGGUUUAUGAGAGAUCCUGUGCACGGGAUUUUGCCAAUGGAAAUCUUUCUAUUAAGGAAAUUACGGCACAACAACAUUAUACGCUUCAUAGAGUGCUUUGAAGACCACCGCUAUUAUUACCUCGUCACCGAAAUACAUGGUGACAACUGGUCCAAGAAAACACGGAAACUGCAUAAAAACCCAUCAGAACGAGACCUCACUAGCAACAGGCCUGACUCUGGCGUCGAUCUACGAAAGCCACGAAGCAAUAGCAGCUCAAGUAGUAACAGCACAUCAGAUUCACGAAAGAAACGAACGAGUCGCGACCUCUUUGAAUGUCUCGAAAACAAUCCCUUUAUAAGUGAAGAGCAAGUGUGGAUUAUAUUUAGACAAAUUGCCAGUGCCGUUGCAUACUUGCAUUAUAAUGGGGUCGUGCAUAAAGAUAUCAAGGACGAGAAUGUUGUCGUGUCGGAAGACCUCGUUGCCAAGCUUAUCGACUUCGGAAGCGCUCAGCCAAUGCCACGGCAUCCUUCUCAGUUUAGUAUCGGAUUCAACGGUGGUACUAUACAUUACCAAUCACCAGAGUCUCUCAGGCAAAUCCCUCAUGAUGGAAGAUCAAGUGACGUAUGGGCUUUAGGUGUGCUGCUCUACAUCCUCGCUAACGGUGGCGAAGUACCAUUCGCGGACGCUCUUUCUGUUUGUGAAGCACGUUAUCUGGCUCCACGAUAUAAACGAUCAGAUGCGUUUACGAAUCUGCUCAAUCUGAUGCUGGAACCGGAUCAACUAAGACGUAUCAACAUUGACCAAGUAAUGGCACAUCCGUGGAUCACGGGCUGGAGCAUGAGCAAUAAUAUUGAAUAA